AUGUUGAGCAUUGGUUUGGAGGACACACUCGCAUACUACAACGCAGACGAUUUUGUGGCUGGCUUCAAGAAGAUGCUAGCUUCGCAGGUGCGCGUCAUCAAGCAAAACGAGGCUCGUCAGGUGGCCUGGUUGAGCAUUGGUAUGGAGGACAGGCUCGCAUCCUGCACGAUAGCGGCGUUUGCAGCUGGCUUCUUGAAGUCGGUGGCGUUCCAGAUGCGCGUCAUCAAUCAAGUAGAACACGGGCUCGUCAGGGACACGCUGUGCAAAGUGUCCAUUUUGAACAUGGGUGUGGAGGUGCGAGUCAUCAAGCAGAGCAAUGGCUCGUCAGGCGAUGGCAUCUGGAUCAUGAAACUGGUGUUGGACCUGAUGACCCUGAACUCCGGUAUCUUGACUUAG